UGUUUGUAGUUUUCCACUACCAUACCAACCAAUCAACUGAACAUCAAACUGAGAGAGGACGCUAGCUAUAUUACAAGGGAUUUGGUAAGAACAAAAUCUGACAUGGACUAGCCUAGUCUCUUGGGCAACCAUUACGAAGAGAAAACGGAAGCAAAUAGGAGCCAUGGGAGAAGAAGAAGGCGAUCGCCGAACGGAGGCGCUGCUAGAGAAGCUCUCGGAGUCCUCUUACAAUCCCUCCGAGGAGCCUCAAGUCAGAAGAACCGGCACGGUAUGGACGGCGAUGGCGCACAUCAUCACGGCGGUGAUCGGGUCCGGCGUGCUGUCGCUGGCGUGGAGCGUGGCGCAGCUUGGCUGGGUCGGCGGUCCGACGGCGAUCGUGUUCUUCGCCGGGGUGACCGUGGUGCAGUCCUCCCUCCUCGCCGACUGCUACAUUUCUCGCGACGAGGACGGGCACGGGGUCGUCGUCAGGAACAAGUCCUACGUGCAAGCCGUGAGACUCUACCUAGGUGAGAAGAGCCGCUUGUUUUGCGGUUUUUUCCUUAGCAUCAGCUUGUUUGGGAGCAGCGUGGUCUACACUCUCACAUCCGCCACUAGUAUGAGGGCGAUUCAGAAAGCGAACUGCUACCACACUGAAGGCCACGGCGCCCCGGCGUGCUCUGCCGCCGGCGGGGGAUCAGACGUGUAUUACAUGGUCCUGUUCGGCGUCGCUCAAUUGGUGCUGUCGCAGAUACCGGACUUCCACAACAUGGCGUGGCUCUCCAUCUUCGCCGCCGUCAUGUCCUUCUCCUACUCCUUCAUUGGCUUCGGCCUCGGAGCUGCCAAAGUGAUCGAGAAUGGAGUGAUAAAGGGGGCAAUCGGAGGUAUUGCACUGGCAUCCACGACGCAGAAGGUGUGGCGCGUCGCGCAGGCCCUCGGGGACAUCGCCUUUGCCUACCCUUUCUCCUUGGUGCUGCUGGAAAUAGAGGACACACUGAGGUCGCCACCGGCGGAGAGCGAGACGAUGAAGAAGGCGUCGAGGGCUAGCAUCGCGGUCACCACCUUCUUCUACCUUGGGUGCGGGUGCUUGGGCUACGCGGCGUUCGGCGACGCCACCCCGGGCAACCUCCUCACCGGCUUCGGCUUCUACGAGCCCUACUGGCUCAUUGACCUCGCCAACCUCUGCGUCGUCCUCCACCUCCUCGGCGGCUACCAGGUGUACAGCCAACCGGCAUUCGCGCUUGCAGAGCAGUGGUUCGCCACCGAGGGCUCCUCCGUCGACUUGAACGUGUUCAGGUUGUGCUAUCGCACGGCGUACGUGGCGGCGGCGACAGCUGUGGCGGUGUGGUUCCCCUACUUCAACCAGGUGGUCGGGCUGAUCGGCGCCUUCAGCUUCUGGCCGCUAGCCAUCCACUUCCCCGUCGAGAUGUACAUCACGCAGGCACAGGUGGCUCCGUGGACGGCGCGGUGGCUCGCUAUCCGGGCCUUCAGCGCCGCCUGCCUGCUCGUCUGCGCCUUCGCCUCCCUCGGCUCCGCCGUGGGGGUGUUCGGUUCCAAGGAAAGCUAGACGAUUUCUGCAACAACAACAAAAAAAAAAAGUGGUUGUUGCAUGAUAUAUAUUUGCGGUUCGUUCGAUUUAUUUUCUUCCGGUAGGAACUGCAGCGGCAUGAUUCUUUGCAUAGCUAGGACGUGUUAAUUUGUGGGCAUCAGGAUUUGCUCUGUUUGAGACAGUGUAAGUAUGACGGGGAAGUGUACAUAAGCAAAGCAAGGUACUUCCUCCGGAUCAGGUUUUAAUAGAUGCGCCGUAGUUUGAAUUUUUUUUGAUCACUAUUUUAUUAAAUAAAAUAUGGAAUAUAUGUUAUAAAUCUUGUA